CUCUUCUAUUACUAUCCAAUCGAACCAGAAUGUCCCAGCUCGAACCCCCGGAAAACCCACCCCUUUCAUCCCCGCCAUCCUCGCAAGACCCUGCUCCGCAUAAGGCCCAAUACACCGAGAACGAAACCAUCCCCGUCGCAGACACCGAGGAACAGCCCGACACGCUCCGUCCGCGGAAACGCCGACGGAAGUAUAUCUCUAAGGCAUGUAAUGAGUGCAAGCGACGGAAGAUUAAAUGUAACGGCGAGACGCCGUGCCGGAGAUGUGGAAGGCAACGGGUGGAAUGUGUCUAUGUGGAGGGAGGCGAGAAAGGGAAGGAUGAUACUGGUGGGAGUGAGCAAGGUCUCGACCGACUCCUCGGUCAAAUGCAAGCCAUGCAAGAGCAGAUCAGCACGCUCUCGUCCGCCGUGCAUCUUCUCGCCGGGGGACAAGGCUCGGGCGUAACGCCUACGCGGUCGACUGAAACAAACCAAUCGGUCGUGUGUCCGCAGCGGCCUUUCCGACGGCUAUCGACAGUCGGCAGGGAGACUUUUCAAGGUCCCACGACCUCGGCGUUUAGCUUCGACCUGGCAAAGUCGAGUCUCCAGAGCCGGGGGAUCGUUGAGCGUGAAGCAGGCGACGCAGAUGGUUAUGGCGAUGGCGAUGCAGACGGGUACGUUACCCAGGAACCAUCGCCCCUGCCAUCGUCCCCGUCGUCUCCGAACAAGAGUCUCUGUCGGCCGGGCGGUGAUCCGCUUUGGAUGAUUGAGAAGACUGAGGCGUUGCGGCUGUGUCGCGUGUACGAGGAGGAGAUGGGCAUCAUGUAUCCGGUUUUAGAUCUCUCCGACCUUUUGCAUCAGGUCGAGGUGCUUUAUGUUUCGAAUGCCGGCGGGCCAAGGAUGACCGGAGAGCUGGACAGCGAUGAUGUGCAUAUCCUGCGGUUGGUCUUUGCGUGUGCCUUGACGGCCGAGGCGAGUGGCAGCAGCGACCUAGCAUUGCGUUUAUUCGAGAGCGUGCGUGAAGUCGCCGAUAAUUGUGUCUGGGGAGCCCCGGAGAUCAAAAGUAUUAUUUUCUUGACCUUGGUGGCAAUCUUCUACUUCCAAAUGGACGAAGAAACACUCGCCUGGCGAACAAUCGGCAUCGUCGAGCGCAUGUCCCUCGAAAAAGGCCUCCACCGCCGCGAAACCCUCACCCAACCAAGCAUCGUCGCCACCGGCCAGGACCGCGUCCUCCGACUCUUCUGGUCCAUCUACAUCCUCGACAUGCGCUGGAGCUUCGGAACCGGAAUGCCCUUCUCCCUCGAAGACACAGACAUCGACCCCUGGCUCCCGGAGCCCGAAGAAAAGACACCCUACCUGCGCGUCAUGAUCCGAUACAGCCGGAUCGCAGGGAAAGUGUGGAAAUUCAUCUCGGCAUUCAACAACACCAACGAGAUCAAGAAAGACGAGAUGAACUACCUCAACUGGCAGGUCCUGCAGUGGUCUGGCGCGAUUCCCGAAUCCCUCCGUCUCGACCACCACCCCCUCAAUCAGUCCCGUCAGGACGAACCCCGGAGCCUCCUCCGUCUCCGCUCCCUGCUGUAUCUCCGCGCCAACCAGCUACGCAUGCUCAUCCAUCGACCCGUCCUACACUCCGCGGCGCAAAUAAUGCGAUAUCCAUCAGAAUCGCAAACAGUCGUCGACAUCGCGAAAGAAACAAUCCGAUUCAUCGCACAGCUGAACGAAACAUCAGAUAUCUACCGACUGCAGCAGGUCGCCUUUAACUGGUUUCUAGUAUCCGCGCUCGCGGUACUAUUUCUCGCCGUGGCGCAAACGCCCGCGCAGUUCAGCGGUACCUGUAAGGAGGAAUUCUACAUGGCGCUGCAGCUGGUCAAGGGGUUUUCUACGCGGUCGUAUAUCUCGCGGAGACUGUGGCGGUCGAUUCGGAGUUUGAGGAAGUUGGGGCCGCAGUUGGGGUUGCAUGUCCAGAAGCACCAGCAUUCACAUCAGCAUGCACUGCAGGAAGAUGCUCAAACUGGUGCGGGCUUAUAUCACGGUGGAGGGAGUGAGGGCACGGCGAUGGAUUCAUGGGACGCACCGAUAUCGACCAGUGCUCAUAGUCACUCGCCGCUGGACGGGGCGCAGAUGACGCGUGAGUUGAUGGAGUGGUUCGAGGCGGUUGGAAACUUGGAGGAUCAAAUUAUGGGUGUUGGGCCCCAGGGGAUGCCGGAUCUGGGAUGGCAAAAUGGAGGUCGCAUGGGGAACGGGUAUAUGGUUGAUUAUGGAGGGGAGUUGUCGAGUUUGAUGAAGGAUUGUUUUUAGGCAGUAUAGCUCCAUGAUCUUAUGGAACCGUCAACCUGGACCUACAGGAGCAGGCUGACCAGAUUCAUGUAGU